AUGAGUCACGAUGGAGUUUUGGCUGAUGCUGGACACAAGGCCCAGGAAUUGAAGGAUAUUACUGCUGAGAAGCUUUGCGACGCCGGAACUGCAGUGAAGGAUACGCUGGCUUCUGGAUACGAGAAGGUUAAGGAUACCGUUGCGUCCGGAUACGAUAAGGUUGCUGGUUACACGAAAGAAACGUAUGAUAGCGCCGGACAAAAGGUUGAAGAGAACAAGGAUGCCGCUGCAGAUAAGGCUAACGACGCCCGAGACUAUGUUGGCAAAAAGAUGCAUGAGGGCGCCAACAAGCUGCAAUCUUAA